AUGGUCAAAUGGAAGCAUAUGAAAGCUAUGGAUUAUUUAAGAGAACCAUCAACCAAAGCAACUGGGAAAAGAGGUGUGGCUGAAUCACGUGCUGUGGUAUUUCGUGGUGGUGGAGGUGUUUGUCCUGGUCAAGGACCAGUAAUGGAUUUAAAAAGUGAAAUGUCCAGUGUUACAGAGGGUAUUGGAAUGGAGUUAGAAAAACGUUUCAAAGAGAUUGAUAAUCAAUUUCAACGUUUUAAUGAUGUUGAUUCACGUUUGAAUGAUGUAACACAAUUAUUAACAAAUUUAUCUGAAGUAAUCAGUAAUGUGACUGAAACACAACAACGAAUUAUUCGACAAAUAAAUGAACUUCCUACUUGUCAAUGUAAUGAAUUCACUGAUGAGGUUGUUCCUGUACAAAAAUCCACUACAACUCAAGCUGAUUCAGGAACAGCAGAAACUAGAAAACGUACAAAACUAGAAGUAGCUAUUCAAUCUGCAUUAGAAGCAGCUAAAGAUGUACUACGACCACCAACACCACCACCACCACCGCCACCACCUCCUCCACCCCCAAGGGAAUCACCUGUUCUAUUAGCUGCUGUUGUUCCUGGAUCCGAAGAUGAUUCAAGUGGUUCAGAAGAAGGUGGUGAUCCUUCAGCCGAUCCAGUCAUAGUACCUCAAGUUCCAGAUAUUAAAACUGGAAGAGUUAUCGAAAGAACAUUAGGUGAUCAUCGAUUAUGGAGAAUGGCUCCAUUUAAUUUUGAAAAAUAUCCUGGAAUGAGAAUGAAUGUACCACCGGAACGAAUGGCAUGGACUGUGGAAUAUCCAGAUUACUUUGCAUAUGAUGCUUGUGAAGAAGUUUUAUUAUUCCCAUCAGAAGAAUCACAUGACGGUGUUAAUGAAAAUCUACGUACAAUCAAUUUUAAUCAAUAUGAUUCUAAAGCUAAAUUACGUAGACAAAGUUUACUUGGUCGUUAUCGUUUAGAUUCAACAACAGGUGCACCAUUAAAUCCAAUGGGUAGAACAGGUUUAUUAGGUAAAGGAUUAUUACCACGUUGGGGUCCAAAUCAUUCAUUUGUAUUAUGUAUUACAAGAUGGACAAGAGAUACACGUACUGGUGUACAAGUAAUAAGAAGUAAUCGUGGUGUAUUACAAUAUUUGGCAUUAGAACGUAAUAAGAGAUUAUGUAUGCCAUGGUAUUUAACAGAUCAUACAAACAAAUGUGAUUUUGAUGAAUGUGUACCAAAGAUUAUAAGCAGUUUAGUGACUCGUCGAGGACGUGCUAUACUUCCAGAGAAAAGAGUUGAAAGAUUAUUGAAACGUAUUGAAAAGGCUGAAGUUACACAGAUUUUCAAAGGUUACUUAGAUGAUCAGUUAAAUGCGGAUAGUGCAUGGAUGGAAACUGUUGUGAUUAAUUUACAUGAAUCUGAGAGUAAAGGAGCUCAACUACCAGAUGACGUAUUAAAGUUACUCAAUGAACCUGGUACAGAAGAACAAUGUAAAUGGGUUGAAGUAUCACAUAGUAGUAAUCUACGUACAAGUCAUAAUUAUAUACUUAAGAAUGUUGCAGAACUUCGUAGAGCAUUCUAUUAA